AUGAACAGAAAAAAGGCCAUCGCUUACAUGGGUUACACCUGGAAUAACGAGUUCUGCGACAAUGCUAUUCUCGUAGCGGUACUCUUCUACGGGGGACACUUAGUCAUGUCAGACAUGAUGACUACUGAUCAACUGAUUACCUUUCUCCUUUAUCAAAUGCAGCUCGGCGAGAACCUUUAUAACAUUGGCUAUGUGAUGACCGGUUUGAUGGAAUGCGUAGGGGCGUCAAGAAAGGUUUUCGAGUACAUGUAUCGUGAACCAGAAAUUCCAAAUGAUGGAGAGAUGAAACCACCCCUUAGUGGGCGGAUCGAGUUCAAAGAAGUAGAGUUCACCUAUCCGUCACGGCCAAACAACAAAGUGUUGAAGGGUUUGGAUUUGGUUGUUGAGGCUGGGCGUACAACAGCACUUGUUGGGCCUAGCGGCGGUGGAAAAUCGUCGAUUGUUUCGCUGAUUCAGCACUUUUACGAGCCAACCAGUGGCACCAUCACGAUUGAUGGCGUCAAUAUAAAAGAUAUUUCCCAUAGUUUCUACCAUCAGAAGAUUGCUCUCGUUGCUCAAGAGCCAAUCCUCUAUAACGGUUCAGUACGAUACAACAUACUGUACGGUUGCGAGUGGGCAACGGAGGAGGACAUGCUCCGGGCGUCUAAGACGGCUAACGUUCAUAAUUUUGUAACUGAACUCGAGAAAGGCUACGAUACUAAUUGUGGAGAAAAAGGUGUACAAAUGUCA